ACAGGGGCGGACUGACAACUCUUGAGGCCCCCAGGCAAUAGGGGAUCAUGGGGCCCCUGUGUCCUUGCCCAAACUCAAAAAAGCCUAUGAAAAAGGUACCAGGGGCAUCUCAUGGGGCCCCCUACUGACCCCGGGCCCUCGGGCAGUGCCCGAGUUUCCAAAUGGUCAGUCCGCCCCUGGCCCCAACUUUUCUAUCAGGUAAUCAAAACAGCGAUCACAAUACAUGGCAAACUCCUAUCUUUGUGCACAAUCAUGGUGCUCUGUAGAAAGUAAUGGCCCUAUUUGAUACAUUUAUUUUAUUUUUUAUUUAUUACAGGUACUUAUAAAGCU